AUGACCUGCACUCUCCACCUAAACGUCUACCACGGCCGACUCCUGCUCGUCUCAACUCAACAUUCGUUGCCUUUCCGAUGGCUGAGCACCGACCCACGGAUCAGCCACAGCCUCCGGGAGAGCUACAGACUCCUGGAGCUGCCCGACCAGGCCGAGAGCAGCCCAGCACAGGUCAAAGAAGCAUACCUACGCCUCGCCAAGCGCUACCACCCCGACUCCGGCUCCCCCACUGCUGACCCGGUGCUAUUCUCCAGAGUGGAAGAGGCAUACCGUGCCGUGCUGUCACAUCAGAGCAAAAAACAGCACCCGCACCAAGGAACAGAGACCCAGGACGAGGAUAAAUCCAAAGGCACGGCUCUUCCACAUAGACAAUACCUGAGCUUUGACGGUUUGGGGUUUGGGACGCCAAGUCAGCGCGAACGCCAGUACAGACAGAUCCGCGUGGACAGAGCAACGGAAGAGGUUCUCAACUACCGGCAAAGAGAGCACGAGAAAGCGGCGGCAGAAGAAGGCGCGUUGGUGGAGCGGGACAUGCGUCAGCGAAGUCGGAAAAUCAAAAUCACGCAAGCAGUGGAGCGGCUAGUGGAGGACCUCAUUCAAGAGUCGAUGGCACGUGGAGAUUUUAGGAAUUUAAGCGGAGCAGGGAAACCGCUCAAUAAAUUUCAGCACAAUCCGUACGCUGAUCCCAUGACGCAUAACCUCAAUCGUAUCCUCAUUGACAAUGGUUACCAGCCCGCGUGGGUCGUCACACAGAGGGAUAUUCGAGAAAUGUCAAGCCAUAUGCGUAACAGAUUGUUGGAAGCGAGGAUCGGGUUUGGAGACUCCAUGACGUGUGAGGAGAAGCAGGCGUGGGAGGAGCUGUGUGAGUCUGUGGGAGAGGAGGUGGUGAAGCUGAAUAAACUGGUGGAUAAUUACAAUCUUAUAGUUCCUAUGCUCAAGAUGCAAAUGGUGCACUUCAGUGUGGCACGAGAGAAGGAGCGUGCGGAGAAAUCUGCACGACAGCUGCGACUGGAGCGGCAGCAGGAGAAGGGACGGGAUCAACAGAGGAGGAUAGAAGAGAGGAAGAGAGCGAAUGCACAGGACGCUCAAAAACAAACUAGUGAUAGACCUGGAUUUAUGAAAUGGAUGCAGAGGUUUCUCAAAUGA